AGGGUUUCCCUUUCUUUUAUAUAUAACGCUAACCCUAACCAGCCGCCUUCUACAUUUUCACUUCCGACAACAAUGGCGGCAGGUCUUCAAAUCGAUCCGAUGGCUUCUUCUUGUGCUUAUAUUGGACGAAUUGGAUGUGUUUAUUUUGGACGACUUGGAUGUCUCGUCUACGGUUUGGCUUUGGGCACGACCGAUGAGUCCCUUGGACGUGCCUUUUCUCAAUUUGGAGAAAUCAACAGUGUCAUGAUUGCGAUCGAUCCUCGUACUGGAGAGAAUAUUGGUGUCGUGUUGUUUGAGGAUGAUAGAUAUGUGAGAGAAGCUGUUGUGGGGAUGAACGGGAAGAAGAUUGGCGGUCACCGUAUCACCGUUAAAGAGUCUCGGUUUCCUGGCUUUCCCCGCUGCGGUGACGGUCUUCAAAUCGAUCCGAUGGCUUCUUCUUCUUCUUUUUUUGGACGACUUGGAUGUCUCGUCCAUGGUUUGGCGUUGGGCACCACCGAUGAAUCCCUCCGACGCGCCUUUUCUAAGUUUGGAGAAAUCGUCAGUUUGACGAUUGCGAUCAAUUCUCGUACCGGAGAGAAUAUUGGUGCCGUCGUGUUUGACAAUGAGACAUCGGCGAGAGAAGCUAUUGAGGAGAUGAACGGGAAGAAGAUUGGCCGUCGCCUUAUCACUGUUAAAGGGUCUCGGUUUCCUAGCUUUCCCUUCAGCGGGGACGGUCUUCAAAUCGAUCCCAUGGCUUCUUCUUCUGCUUAUUUAGGACGACUUGGAUGUCUCGUCUAUGGUUUGGCGUUGGGCACAACCGAUGAGUCCCUUCGACGUGCCUUUUCUAAGUUUGGAGAAAUCGUCAGUUUGACGAUUGUGAUCAAUCCUCGUACCGGAGAGAAUACUGGUGCCGUCGUGUUUGACAAUGAGACAUCGGCAAGAGAAGCUAUCGAGGAGAUGAACGGGAAGAAGAUUGGCCGUCACCCUAUCACCGUUAAAGGGUCUCGUGACGGUCUUCAAAGAAAUCCCAUGGCUUCUUCUGCUGAUUCUGGACCACCGCCUAUUCUCAAUUCGGAGAAAUCAUCAAUAUUGGGAUCGAUCGGUUUACUAGAAAAGGACUAUUUUGGUUCAAGUGAUGGGAUAGGAUGGGAUCCCAAAUCCAUUUUCAAAUUACACUGUAGUAGUGAUAGCUGCAAAAAAGUGGGAUCGAAGCCGAAGCCUGGUUGUAUCCAUCUUGUGAUAGGUUUCUCGGAUUGA